UAUUUUUUGUUUGCCUCAGUGGGUCUGAGCUUAGCUUUAGAAUGAGAGAGAGAGAGAGAGAGAGAGAGAGAAGAGCUUAUAAGGGAAGACUGAUUACCAAGAAAGUCCCAUGAAAAGCAACCAAAUUUUAGGGCCUUCCCCCCCCUUCACAAAUCCUCGAUUCGAUUUAUUUGUUCACCUAAAUUUUUCCAUCUCUCCCAAUUUUCAAUUUCAAAGUUGGGUUCUUUGCAAAUUUCAAAACCGCCGGAUUUCAUUUGUUGUUGUUGGGAAGAUUCUUCAAGGGUCUUGCUUAGAAUUGGGAUGUGUCAUUUAUUUGGGGGGGAAGGGAAUAGAUAUGGAGUGUUUUGAUGGAGUAGGGUUUUAGGUGUAGAGAAGAUGGUGUCGAAAUCGUAUUCCAAUCUGUUGGAGCUUGCCUCAGGCGAGUCCCCUACCUUUGGCCGAAUUGGCCGGAGAAUGCCACGCAUCAUGACUGUUGCUGGCUUGAUAUCUGAUGUUGAUGAUGACAAGUCGGAGAGUGUGUGCUCCGAGGUGUCCUCAUCGUCGGUCCAUCGUGACCGAAUCAUUAUAGUGGCAAAUCAGCUGCCCAUUAGGGCUCAGAGAAAAGAAGAUUCUAGUAAGGGUUGGAUAUUCAGUUGGGAUGAGAAUUCUCUGCUACUCCAACUCAAAGAUGGUUUAGGGGAUGAUGAGAUUGAGGUGAUUUAUGUGGGUUGUCUCAAGGAAGAGAUUCACCCCAAUGAGCAAGAUGAGGUUUCCCAAAUCCUCCUUGAGACCUUUAAGUGUGUCCCAACCUUUCUCCCACCAGAGCUUUUCAGCCGGUAUUAUCAUGGGUUUUGCAAGCAACAGUUGUGGCCACUCUUUCAUUACAUGCUACCCCUGUCGCCCGACCUUGGUGGUAGGUUUAACCGCUCGUUGUGGCAAGCAUAUGUAUCAGUCAACAAGAUUUUUGCGGAUAGGAUCAUGGAAGUCAUUAACCCAGAAGAUGAUUUUGUGUGGAUACAUGAUUAUCAUCUGAUGGUGUUACCAACUUUCUUGCGCAAGAGAUUCAAUCGCGUGAAACUUGGCUUUUUCCUCCAUAGCCCUUUCCCUUCAUCAGAAAUUUACAAGACAUUGCCUAUUAGAGAGGAGAUUCUACGAGCCCUUUUGAACUCUGAUUUAAUUGGAUUCCAUACAUUUGACUAUGCAAGGCAUUUCCUCUCCUGCUGUAGUCGAAUGCUUGGUCUUACCUAUGAAUCCAAGCGAGGUUAUAUAGGCCUCGAGUAUUAUGGUCGGACUGUUAGCAUCAAAAUUCUUCCGGUUGGCAUACAUAUGGGUCAACUGCAGUCAGUUUUGAGUCUCCCAGAGACAGAAGCCAAGGUUGCUGAGCUCAAGACACAGUUCUGUGCUCGGGGUAGGACAAUGUUACUUGGAGUGGAUGACAUGGAUAUAUUUAAGGGCAUAAGUUUGAAGCUUUUGGCAAUGGAGCAGCUGCUUAUUCAGCACCCUGAGUGGCAGGGAAAGGUCGUAUUGGUGCAGAUAGCCAAUCCAGCCAGGGGUCGGGGAAAAGAUGUGAAAGAAGUUCAGGCCGAGACAUCAUCAACUGUGAAGCGAAUUAAUGAAACAUUUGGCAAACCUGGGUAUAAUCCUGUUGUCUUGAUUGAUGAGCCACUUAAGUUUUAUGAGAGAAUUGCAUACUAUGUAGUUGCAGAGUGUUGUUUGGUUACGGCUGUCAGGGAUGGAAUGAAUUUGAUACCAUAUGAAUACAUUAUUAGUCGUCAAGGAAAUGAAAAAUUGGAUAAGGUUUUGGGAUUGGAUUCCUCUGUUCCCAAGAAGAGUAUGUUAGUUGUCUCUGAGUUCAUUGGCUGCUCCCCUUCUUUGAGUGGAGCAAUUCGUGUGAACCCCUGGAAUAUUGAUGCUGUGGCAGAUGCAAUGGACUGUUCUCUGGAGAUGGCGGAGCCAGAAAAACAGCUUCGGCAUGAGAAACAUUAUAAAUAUGUCAGCACCCAUGAUGUUGGUUACUGGGCUCGCAGUUUUCUCCAAGACUUGGAAAGAACAUGCAAGGGUCAUUUGCGUCAAAGGUGCUGGGGUAUUGGGUUUGGGUUGAGUUUUAGAGUUGUGGCUCUUGAUCCAAACUUCAAGAAGCUCUCUGUGGAAUACAUAGUGUCAGCCUACAAAAGGACUACAACUAGGGCAAUUCUUCUCGACUAUGAUGGCACAUUGAAGCCUCAGGCAUCCAUUGAUAAGAGUCCAAAUUCUAAAUCCAUCGAAAUCCUAAAUAGCCUAUGCAGGGACAAGAACAACAUGGUUUUAAUUGUUAGUGCUAAGAGUCGAAAAACACUUGCCGAAUGGUUCUCUCCUUGUGAGAAGCUUGGAAUUGCAGCUGAGCAUGGCUACUUUCUACGGUCGAAGCAAGAUACAGAAUGGGAGACAUUGGUACCAGUUGCAGACAGUAGUUGGAAGCAGAUUGCAGAGCCCGUCAUGAAGCUUUACACAGAAACAACUGAUGGUUCCACCAUUGAAGAUAAGGAAACUUCACUUCUCUGGUGUUAUGAGGAUGCAGAUCCAGACUUUGGAUCAUGCCAAGCCAAGGAACUUAUGGAUCAUCUUGAAAGUGUGCUUGCUAAUGAACCCGUUACUGUUAAAAGUGGGCAGACUUUUGUGGAGGUUAAACCACAGGGUGUAAGCAAGGGUCUGGUAGCCAAACGUCUACUUUCCACCAUGCAGGAAAGGGGAAUGCUACCAGACUUUGUUCUCUGCAUAGGGGAUGAUCGAUCUGAUGAAGACAUGUUUGAGGUAAUUACAAGUUCCAUGGAAGGCCCAUCAAUUGCUCCCAGAGCAGAGGUAUUCGCGUGUACAGUUUGUCGAAAACCCAGCAAAGCCAAGUAUUAUCUAGAUGACACGGCGGAGAUUGUUAGGAUGCUGCAGGGUUUGGCAUCUGUUUCUGAGCAAAGCAUACUUCUGUAGAUGUACUGAAGAUAAAGAUAGGUGCACCUCAUCUUCUCUGUCUGUGACUGCCAUAAUGUGGGCUGAAAGGUGCUUGCAAUUAUCUUCUAUUUCCCUGUUUUUUUUCGCAUGAAUCAUGUAAAUGAUUGUAGUCUUAAGAGAAGUUGUGCAAUCAGAGACUCUUUGGCAUUUGUUGCUGUAAAUCUGUAAAUGUGUCUGUGCAUGAAAUCCAAACUUGCUUUACUGCAAUUGAUAAUAUACCCUUUAACUAGGGAAACUUCGUUCA